GUAGACACUUCCAUAUCAUGUCCAAGAUAACGGCCUAUGGGCAGAUCGGGGACGCUCAAUCGGAAUGGCAUCCCGAUAUGGCCAUCCCGAAAGGCGGUCCCCUGCCUAAAGAUAACGAGGAUAAGAGCGCAACGGUAUUUAUCAAACCGGAGCCAAGCAUCGGCUGCGGGACGCCACAAUGUCCAAAGGUAUAUUGGGAAAAGAAAGUCUUUUACGACCGGUUAGUGAGAAAGCAGCAAGAUGUGCUAAAGUCGAGCGAGAACUUUGCUCAAGAAGCGGCGAGAAAUCUAGGCUUUUCUCACGUUAUUAUCCGAAAGGAGCUUCACGACGUUGCUAAUACCUACGGCCAAGUCGGAAGACUACAGACGAGGCGCACGAAGACGGGAAUCGAGUCGGAUCAAAUCCAUCUGACGGUAUAUCUCGCGAACCAACCAAAUUGGGUAUGCGUGCACGGACAUAUCUACGGGGUCGUGCGGGAAACAACAUAUAAGUGGAUGAGCGAGAGGAAGAGUAAAUAUGUUAAGAAAGUACCAGAGUAUACGGAGUAUGUUAUGAUGCCAAACGACCAACGAUGGAUGGCGAAAGAGCGUCCGGAUCAGCAUCGUCGGAAUCCCGAGCUGUGGGAGUGGUUCGAAUAUAUACCAGGUACCUAGGGUGCAUGAAUGAAUUAGUGAGAUAGUAUAAUUGUAUUGUAGCAGUAACUACCAAUUCGUUCAUGAAUUUAUUUGAUACGAUAUCAAAUAUAUUCUUUCUAAAAAAAUGUGAUACU